GAGUUUUUUGGUUUCUCUCCCUGAUUUAUUAGAAUGCUUUUGGCCGGAUUAGAAUGGGUUUUUGUUGUGUAAACUGCCACCUGCUGCUAAAUUCGCUUGUUAGGCUGUUUUGAGAGCAAACACUGUGAUAAAUAGGCUUUCUUCCUUGUUAGCAAGCACACACGAGUGACAUGGCGGCAUCUGCUUCAACCCGAUUCCUUGUUCUGCUCAAAGAUUUUUCUGCCUUCAGAAAGAUAUCUUGGACUUCUGCUGGAACUAAUUUCCACCGCCAAUCUCGUUUUUUAUGCCAUGUUGCGAAAGAAGACGGGUCUCUUACUCUUGCAAGCCUUGAUUUGGGGAACAAACCUCGUAAAUUUGGGAAGAGUAAGGCGAUGAAGCUUGAGGGAAGUUUUGUUACUGAAAUGGGUCAAGGUAAGCUAAAAGCGGUAAAGAACGAUAAAAUGAAAGUAGUCAAGGAAAAGAAACCAGCUGAGAUUGUGUCGCCUUUGUUUUCUGCAAAAUCCUUCGAGGAGCUUGGCCUCCCAGAUUCAUUGUUAGACAGCUUGGAAAGAGAAGGUUUCUCUGUUCCAACAGAUGUCCAAUCUGCAGCUGUCCCGGCAAUAAUCAAAGGUCACGAUGCAGUGAUUCAGUCUUACACAGGAUCUGGCAAAACCUUAGCUUAUCUACUUCCUAUAUUAUCCGAAAUUGGUCCUCUAGCAGAAAAAUCUAGAAGCUCGCACAGUGAAAAUGAUAAGAGGACAGAUAUUCAGGCAAUGAUCGUAGCUCCAUCAAGAGAACUCGGUAUGCAAAUAGUAAGAGAGGUAGAGAAACUGCUCGGACCUGUUCACCGUAGAAUGGUUCAGCAGUUGGUUGGAGGUGCGAACCGAAUGAGGCAAGAAGAGGCCCUUAAGAAAAAUAAACCUGCAAUUGUUGUUGGCACUCCCGGGAGAAUUGCAGAGAUAAGCAAAAGUGGGAAAUUGCACACUCAUGGUUGUAGAUUCUUGGUGCUAGAUGAAGUCGAUGAGCUUUUAUCGUUUAAUUUCCGAGAAGAUAUCCAUCGAAUACUUGAACAUGUAGGAAAGAGAUCUGGGGCUGGUCCUAAAGGGGAAGUGGAUGAACGUGCUAACCGGCAGACAAUUCUAGUCUCUGCAACUGUGCCAUUCUCUGUUAUCCGAGCAGCUAAGAGCUGGAGUCACGAGCCCGUUCUUGUCCAAGCCAACAAAGUCACCCCUCUUGAUACCGUUCAACCAUCUGCACCAGUAAUAAGCUUAACUCCCACAACUUCUGAGGCUAAUGGCCAGAUUCAGACUACUAUUCAGAGCUUACCUCCAGCUUUAAAACACUAUUACUGCAUCUCAAAACAUCAACACAAAGUCGACACGUUAAGGAGAUGCGUUCACGCCCUUGACGCCCAAUCGGUUAUAGCUUUCAUGAAUCACUCAAGGCAGCUCAAAGACGUGGUCUACAAACUCGAAGCUCGUGGUAUGAAUUCAGCGGAGAUGCAUGGAGAUCUCGGGAAGCUAGGGAGAUCAACAGUUCUAAAGAAGUUCAAGAACGGGGAAAUCAAGGUCCUUGUGACUAACGAGCUCUCUGCUCGGGGUCUUGAUGUUGCGGAAUGUGAUCUGGUGGUGAAUCUUGAGCUUCCAACUGAUGCGGUUCACUAUGCUCAUCGAGCUGGGAGAACAGGGAGGCUGGGAAGGAAAGGGACGGUGGUAACAGUGUGUGAGGAAUCACAAGUGUUCAUAGUGAAGAAGAUGGAGAAGCAGCUUGGUUUGCCUUUCUUGUAUUGUGAGUUUGUUGAUGGAGAGCUUGUUGUCACUGAGGAAGAUAAAGCUAUUAUAAGGUGAAGAUCUAAAGAUGUAAUUUUCAGAUACUAUUAUUACUAAUUUAAAUUCAGAGUUUUGUCCCUUUUUCAUAUAUAUGAUAAACAUAUUUGUACUAG